GUUCGGGGAGCCGGAAUUGCGCAUGUGCAGAAGGCGGCUUCUGGGCGCAGGGAGGAAGUGAUGCUUGAUGGAAACAUGGACUCAAACCGGACUGAGGAGAUGCAGUUAGUAACUCCAAGGGAACUAACAAAGCACAGCAGCGUUCUGCGACAAAGUAAUUGUGAAAAUGUUAAUUUAUUCUGUGAAGACUGCCAGGAGUAUUUUGUGGGUGGCUGUGUUGCCCACGGAGCACCAGUGUUUGUCACGGACACGCCUGUUGAGAUUGACACCCCUUCGAGAGCAUUUUACACCAUUCCUUAUGGGCUUGCAGUGGGACCAUCAGGCAAUCGAGAUGGAGGGCUUGGAGUAUGGUGCACUGCAAAGGCCAUACCUAAGGGUGUGAUAUUUGGACCAUAUGAAGGCCAGAUUGUAGUUGAACAAGGAUCUAUGGAAAAACUAUAUUCCCAGAUGGUGCAGGAGAGAAGUUUCGUCAAACCAGGUGCCUUUGAUGAAUCUAAAUGCAACUGGAUGAGGUUUGUGAAUCUUGCCAAGACACCAGAAGAGACAAAUCUGAUCCUUUCCCAGUGUAGUGGAAAGAUCUAUUACAAAGUGUGUCGCUUAAUUGAACCUGCACAUGAACUGUUCAUCUGGCAAGGGGAGGAAGAAGUGAAUAGGCCUUUGCAUAAAAGCCAAUCCAUCGCAGGGAAACACAGUAAUGUUUGCACAUACAGCAGAAUAGAGGUGGCCGGGGCAUAUUCUGUGCCACAGAAACGGGAAAUAAAAGCUGAGGAAGAGCCAAAUCAAGAUUUCACAAAAUCAUAUUGCCAUGACCCAACUGAAGAGGAGCAAGGCUAUGGGAAUACUGCACAGCUUCAGUCACACCACAGUGCUGACCAGAUGAAGUCACCCCAGGGAGAUUCAGUUAGAGUUCAUCCAAAAAGUGAAGUUUGUGACCCUCAAAACACUUGGCUUGAGAAUGAGUGUCAAGAUAAAGAAGGAGAGACUCUGCCUGGGGAUGUUUUGGUGAUUAGUUUGGAACAGUUGGAAUCUACUGUAUCUCAAGAUAAGCCAGACACUCUUGAGCACCUGAUAAAGUUUGGGAACUAUAAAGCACAAAGUAGACUUGACGGUAAAAAUAAAAGGACGCUGAAUUCCAGUUCUCUGAUCCGUAAUAAAGAGAAGCGUUUUCACUGUGACUAUUGUGAAAGGAGAUUUUAUCGUAAAGAACACUUAAUGAUGCACCACCGCACACACACGGGCGAGAAACCCUUUGCAUGCGAGGAGUGUGGAAGGGCAUUUGCAGAGAAGUGGAACCUCAAAGAGCACCGUCGCACUCAUACAGGAAUACGACCUUACUCGUGCCGCUUUUGCGGCAAAGCGUUUUACCGCAGUUCCCAUCUGAAGGUGCACCUCCGCCGUCAUACUGGAGAGAAACCCUAUAAAUGCGAUAACUGCCAUCAGUCGUUUGUGGAUUCGUCAUCUCUUCAGAAGCACAGGCGGUUACCUUCAGUAUGCUGUAAACCUGAGUACGCAAUGUUAAUACGUUCAGAGGGGCUGGAACCAAUGGGAAAACAAGAAUCAGACAAUUGUGAUGGAGCUAGCGUUGGUGAAGGGCAGUUAAACCCAUCAGAAAAAAAAGUUUUAGUCAAUGGAGUUCUUCCGGAAAAUGGAGGUUGUGAUCUUCUAAAGCCUCGGCUUGAGAAUGAAGGAGGGACUGUACCUGGGUAUGUUUUGGUUAAUGGUUUGGAGCAUUUGGAUAGUAGUUUCUCCCAAGAUAAACCAGACACCUUUGAGCACCUAUUAAACUUUGGGAACUAUAAAGUACAAAAUAGACUUGACGGUAAGAAUAAAAGGACGCUGAAUUCCAGUUCACCGAUCUGUAAUAAAGAGAAGCGUUUUCACUGUGACUAUUGUGAAAGGAGAUUUUAUCGUAAAGAACACUUAAUAAUGCACCGCCGCACACACACGGGCGAGAAACCCUUUGCAUGCGAGGAGUGUGGAAGGGCAUUUGCAGAGAAGUGGAACCUCAAAGAGCACCGUCGCACUCAUACAGGAAUACGACCUUACUCGUGCCGCUUUUGUGGCAAAGCAUUUUACCGCAGUUCCCAUCUGAAGGUGCACCUCCGCCGUCAUACUGGAGAGAAACCCUAUAAAUGCGAUAACUGCCAUCAGUCGUUUGUGGAUUCGUCAUCUCUUCAGAAGCACAGGCGGUUACCUUCAGCUUGCUGCAAAACUGACAAGAUAGAUUCAGCACUAAUACAUCCAAUUGCACCAAUGACUGAACAAGGUCAGAAUUAUAAUACAAACGCCACCCAUGAUUUGCAGUUUGUUCAAGGAAAUAACAUGGAAAACAAAAGGCAGUACAGAGGGCCAACUUGUGCACUUCCUGAAGUAGAUCGUUUUGAAGCAACGUGCUUUGGCAAUUCAGGCAACCGUUACCCUGAGGAUUUCACAAAACAUAGUGAUUACAACAGGAGCUCUGCAGCGGACAUUUUUUGGGGUGGUACUUUGUCCCUGUUGAAUGACUGCCCAUUAGGAGACAAAAGAACUAACACUUCCUAUUCUCCAAUGAAUUGCAUAAACUAUAAAAUUGAUAACAAAACUACCUCCUGUUUGAGACCUUUGAACAAUGGAAAGGAGUUUAAAGAAGUUGCAUCUUUAAGCAAUGACAUUAUUUCUACUGGAAGGAAUUGCUUUAAAUGUGAAUACUGUGGGAGGAGAUUUUUGCGCAAAGCACAGUUAACAAUGCACAGACGCACUCACACUGGAGAGAAGCCAUAUGUGUGUGAUGAAUGUGGAAGAGGUUUUGCAGAGAAGUCUAACUUAAAUGACCACCGUCGAACUCACACAGGUGAACGUCCUUAUGCGUGUACAUUUUGUGUGAAAGCAUUUCAUCGUAGCACACAUCUAAAAGUACAUCUCCGUCGCCACACUGGAGAGAAGCCAUAUAAAUGUGACGAUUGCAAGAAAACAUUUGUGGACUCCUCUUCCCUUCAGAAACAUAGACGAUUUCCCUCAGGCUGCAUUAGACCUGAAUAUAUAAAAUCUUUGCAAAAAGAGUCCUUGGAAGAUCAGGAAUGUUAUUCUGAAGCAAACAGCAGUACUAAGCUAAAAUUGAAUGACAGCUGUGUAAAGGUGGAAGGUACAGAUUUAUCCAGUUCACUGAGCAAACAAAACCCUGAAAAGAAUGUGUGUGAUACAGAUGUUUUAGUGCACUGUAACUCCAUUUAUACCUCAGAUUGCAGUAGGCCUGAAAGAAAGCCAAUUGCCAAUAUUCACUUUGGUGUUGGUAAUGGAGAGAAAAUGGAGCCCUUUGAUUAUACAUUGAUAUCAGAGAGUGGGAGGUAUGUAAAGAACACUACAUGAGCAGUUACUGACUCCUUAUACCAAAAUGGAGGAGAAACCCGCUACAAGUACCAACUAUCCAGGAACUAUUUGCACUAAGCAUGCAGCUCACCAUUUGUAGUUAUACAUCUCUAAAGAUUGCAGUCACACGCAACAGAAUGUAACAGCAGGGAGCAUUGUUCUUCGCACACAAAAAAGUGACCUUACAUCUACAUUUCUAGACAAUUGGACCGACAGAGUCCCACCUGUGAAAAUCCUCCCAAGAGCAAGAGACGAGAUUAUGAAGUAUUGCCCUUGAGGAUGGACAUAUUGACCAGAAACUUCAACUCCGAUGCGACAGAAGUAGAACCAGCAUCGCAAAAAUCAUUCAGCAGCCCUUUCGGUACCUUGACUUCAUUACAUGACCAGCAAUAAUUCAGAAGCCAUUACUUCUAAUUAUGCGAUGUGUUCCAUAUAAUUUAUUUAAAAAUUCGUAACAUUUGUAGAACAGCCUUUUAUUCAUUACAAAUAAUAGAUGAAGAUUAACCAAAGAAAGAUGCACACUUCCAAACCACAACCUCUCACAAGUGGCAACAAAAGAAAAAUCUUGGCAUGUAGUUUAUCCUGUAACUGCAUGAAUGUUCUACAGAAAAUGUACUGAGUUAAACCCCAAGACUGAUUUAGUGGGUGAAUUUUGAACUCAUUGAAAACCUUCACUUGCAAAGAAUUAAAAUCGACCCCCAUAUGUCAGUGUUGUUUAGGAAUAACCAUGUUCCAGGUGUACACCUUUUAUAUGCACAGGUGUUUUUUUUUAAAAAGAGGGACUUGCUUUCACAAUUUCAGAAUAAAAGAGUAUAUUUAAUUUUC